UCGACUCGUAUGUAAGUACUAAAAGGUUAUGUUGGCGUAAUUGCAGAAGUAAUUCGAUAAAUCGAUAAUCGAUUUUUUCUCUUUUUUUUUUUACUGUUGUGAUUUUGUCAGGUCAGCACUUUGAAAGUUUUGUUAAGGUGGAAAAGUUGAAAAAUUUUUUUUUGUGCCGUAGGUUCAUUUUUUGGUGAAGUUUACCAGGUAUUUGUUACCUGGAAAGAAAAAAAAGAGACGUUUGCAGCUAUAUAACCUUGAACUUGAUACGUUAAUCAGAGGCUGUGAGAAAAAGUAAUUUUGUACAAUGUCGAACAAAGCUAAAAAGACUGAAACUGAAAUCCCAAUUGAGUUGGAUAAAAAACUGACUGGCGACUCGUGCGCUCAUUUAAUCAGUGGUAUUGUCAAGUACGUUAUGUUGCAAAAAUGCCAAAUUCCACUGGCUUUUGAUCAACUUGUGAAAUAUAGCCAACAUUCUCAGACAGAAAAAAAACAUAUGACAAUGAUCACGAAUUUCAUCAAGUCAAUGAAAACAAUGUCUGAUAAACUAGUUGAAGAAUUUAAUCCUAAUCAAUGCAGAGUCAAAGAAAUCAUCAUUUUGUUUGGAGCCACAAUCUUUAGUCCUAAACUCUGUAUCAAAAUUGAAAUCCCUUUAGAGAUCCUUGAUAGCGAAAGACAUACAUGUGAUGAGCACAAAAAGGGCCAACCGCUAUUGACCGUUAUGAGCUCGAUCUUUCAAUGCCCUGAGUUUCAAGAUGAGAUGGCUUUACCGUUGGGGCUUACGAAUACUUUUAUAUUACUUCAUAAAGAUGAUCCACGAGGGAUUUCCGAGUUUUUCGUACCAAAACCUCAGUUCAGCGUUCCUUCACACAAGACUACUACGUUUCAUAUAAAAUUGGAGUACACGGUUGAUAUUUUAGACGAUUGCAAAUGUGGAAGAAGAGUUCCAGUUUGCCGCGAUGGUGUAAGAAAAUUCUUUACACACCAGAUUUCCUAUUUGUUUAGAAAUCAGGAUCAUGAUUCCGAGGAUGUUACGAAAAAAAACAAGUUUAACUCAGAUCUUCCUCUUAAUUUGGCAUGGUAUCAGUCCAAAGAGGUUUUCAAAGGAUUUAAACUUUGAUGAUACUUGUUUUCUUUUUUCUUCAAUUUUUGGAUUUCAUUUAAAACAGUUCAAAAAAUUUAUAAAUUUAAUUUUUCUUAGAAACUGUGUGUACGCUCAAUGUCGCAAAAGAGCUCCUAGCCACAAAUUUCCCAUGCGUAUGCGAUUGGAAAACAUGCUUGCAGGAAUGGCUUAUUUUUUUAACAAUCCUCCGCUUAUACGACAUUUUGCAGACGAUAUCAGGCGUAUACACAAACUGUUUAUAUAAUUGGAUAAAAAUUAUCGAUGCCAAAACUUUUUUUUUUCGUUCAAGAUUUUUAUAAGUAUUUUUUUUUUUCAAAGUUGCGUCGUUUAAUAUAUAUCAUAUUUAAAAACUUAGUGAAGAUAAGUUUACAUGUAAGCAGACUUGACUGACUUUGAUAAGUCAACUGCAUAAAG